AUGGAGUCUACAUCUCUAUUACCGACAGCUUUAGAUAUGGAUUUGAUGAUAUCACAUAUUGAAUGUCUUCCCAAGGAAAUUCUGGUGAAAUUUCAAGGCAGAAAUAAUGGUGAAUGUGAGUUUGACUACCACAUAUUGCAGAGGGAAAUACAACAUAUUCCAAAAGUAAAAAAUAAUGUGGCUGUACAUGAACUUUGUCUUGUGGAAGAAAGAGUAUCUGGAGAAUGGCAAAGAGGAAGGGUUAUAGAAAAGAAAAAUGAACUCUACACAGUGUUCCUCAUAGAUCGUGGGGAAGAAAUUAGAGUAGAUAGUACACAGAUUUCUUCAGGCUGUGACAAUUUAUUUGAGUUACCACCACGAGUAGUCGUUGGUAUUUUUGCCAACAUACUACCAGUUGGGGAAAAAUGGUCCCCUAAGGCUUUGAAUUAUUUCAAGUCAUUAGUAGGAUUGCAAGUGAAAGGCUCUGUUCAAGCUGUGUUGCCUUUGCAAAUGAUUCUUCUUGAAGUGCCAAAAAUUAUAUCCCAGACUCUUGAAUUACAGUUUGGAAGAUUUAUUGAUGAAGAUUCAUUUCGUCUUGUUGUAGAAAUGUUAAAAGAAUUCCCUCAACAAAUGCCAGAUUUGUUACAACAUAAAAGGCCUGAAUUGUCAUUAAGUAAUAAUGAUACUUUACUUGAUAUUCAACAUGUUCUGGAUAACUUGCAGCCAUCUUUGUCUGUAGGAAGUACUGAAAGUGUAAAGGUAUCAUCUGCAUUAAGCCCAAGCAAAUUUUAUUGUCAAUUAAUUAAAUGGAUACCAGAGCUGGAAAAAUUGGCAGUGUGUAUGACUUUACAUUAUGAUGUUAUUAGUCAAGAAACUGUUCCUACUUGUGACAAUUUUGGAUUACUUUGUGUUGCACGAAGGGGAAGCGGACAGUGGCAUAGGGGGAUUCUUCAGCAGCUCUUGCCCAAUAACAAAACAAAAAUUUGGUUUAUGGAUUAUGGCAGUAGUGAAGCGAUCCCUUCAAUCCAUGUAAAGAAACUUAAGCAGGAUUUUAUUUUAGUACCAUUAUUUUCAUUUCCAUGUUCUCUGACAUGUCUACAUAGUUCAGAUAGAGAUGCAAGAAAAUUUCAACUGAAUGUGUUUAAACAAGCCCUAUUGGGGCAGGUAGUAUAUGCACACAUUGAUAGAUUUAAUAAAGAUGAACAUUUGUACUAUGUGACAUUGCAAACUCAAGAGUCCACAAUGAAUUCUCUAUUGAAGACCGGCACGCAAGCGCUUUGUCCAGUGUCAGAUGCUAAAACCUCUAAAAAUUUGCAGAAGACAAGUGUGUCUGCUGUUGAGAGUCAUAUUGGAAAUUGUGAACAACUGAUUGACUAUCUAAAUCACAAAGAUAUUCUUAAAGUAAACUUUUCUAUUAAAACUGUGAAAAUGGAGAUCGAGGCUACCUACAUAGCUUUUGUAGCAUAUGUAUUAAACCCAUCAAAUUUCUGGGUACGCACUAAUGACCAUCAGAAUAAAUUUCAAUAUAUAAUGAAAAAUAUAAACAAAUUUUAUGAUUUAUGUGAAAAUGAUGAACUAAUUCUAAGGAAUCCUAAGCCUGGAUUAUUUUGUUGUGCUAGAUACAGCAAGGACAGGCAUUUUUACAGGGCUGUCAUCACUGAGGUUAGCGGUUAUAAGAUUAAUGUUUAUUUUUUAGAUUACGGAAAUACUGAUUCAAUACCAUUUUUUGAUGUGAAAAUUUUGCUUCCAGAGUUUUGUGAGUUGCCUGCUUUAGCCAUGUGCUGUUCACUUGCACAUGUAUUGCCUAUUGAAGAUUUAUGGGUAAAAGCAGCAAUUGAUUAUUUUAAAAAGAUUGUUUUGAACAAAGCUGUUUUGCUUCAAGUGAUAGCAAAAAAGGAUGCUAAGUAUACUGUAAAGAUUCAGAGUAUUGAAUCCUCAGAAAAUAUUGAUGUUGUUUCUCUUAUGUUACACGCUGGCUAUGCAGAAUAUUGGGAAGUAUCACCAGAAUGUUUUCCAAAAUCUGUAAGUGAGCAUCCAAUGGUAAAAUCUAAAAGCAGUGCUAAUAUUAGAAAAGUUGUAUCUACUCCUCUCAAUGUGCCUGCAUCUAAAGUGUAUCAUUCACAUAACCUAGAGAAAAAUAACUUGUCUUUGUCAAAGUACUCGACUGUUAAUUUAUCAGGUUUAAAAUCUCCUUUAUCCAUAUUUCUUGGGCCUAAGUCAGUAUGGCCCUAUAAAGAAUAUAUGUUUAAACCAGGAACAAUUCUGGAAGUUAGAUGUUCUUAUUACUGUGGUCCAGAUGACUUUUCAUGCCAGCUACAGUGUAAAUUAGAAGACUUAAAAUUGCUAAUGGAACAAAUUCAGAAUUAUUAUAGUAUCCAUUCAGAUCCUUAUGAGAUUGGACAGAUUCCUUGUGUUGCUAAGUAUUCCAAAGACGGAAAGUGGCAUCGAUGUGCUGUUUUGACACAGGUAUCAAAAAGAGAGGUUUACAUAAGAUUUGUUGACUAUGGUUACCAAGAAAGAGUUUUAAUUAAAGACCUUUGUGCUAUCAACCCACAAUUCCUUAUUUUAGAAAGCCAAGCCAUCAGGUGUUGUCUUAACCAUUUAGUUGAACCCAUUAGUUGUAAAUUAUUCCUUUGGACAAGAGAAGCAUCCAAAGACUUGGAAAGUUUUAUUUUUUCAUCCAGAGGAUUAUUGACUUGUAUCAUCUGUGCAUUAGUUUUUAUACGUCCAAACUGUUUGUGUAAUUUAGUAGAUUUACAAUCCUCAUUUACUAGUGCAAAAGAAUUUCUCAUGAGUCGUGGUUUUGCACAGUAUAGCACAUUAUCAAAGCCUCUUCCACCGUCUAUUAGUCUUUAUAGUUACUAUUAUUCUUCCUUUAAUUUAAAGAUUGGAAGUAUAGAAGAAGUAUACAUAUCUCAUGUAUUUAGUCCCCAAAAAUUCUAUUGUCAACUUAGUAGAAAUAAUGCAUAUCUAGAGAUGUUAGAAACAAAAAUCGCUGAGGUUGUUAACCUCAAGAACUGUCCAAAAUAUGAUUCUAGUAAAAUGAGACUGUGUAUAUGCAAGUAUGUAGAUGAUGGUUUUUCAUAUAGAGCCUUAGCAAUACCAACAGAUUCAUCAUCUGGCUUUUUAGUUUAUUUCGUGGAUUUUGGAAAUAAGCAAUUAGUAGAAGAAAAUAUGUUGAGGGCCAUUUCAGAUCAGUUUCCAGAGUUGCUGUUUACACCUAUGCAAGCUAUUGAAUGCUUUCUCUCAGAUCUUAGAGAUGUAGAUAUUCCAGCAGAAAUCAGUGGCUGGUUUGAAGAAAACUUCUUGGGAAAACCAUUAAAGGCAGUCGUAUUGUCUAGGGAGACAGAUGGACAGCUUGGCAUAGAAUUGUAUGAUGGGUGCCAACAGAUAAAUCAAAAAAUCAAAAGAUGGCUUUAUACUUACAGAAAAACACAUUCUGCCCAAACACCUUGUAUGGAGAAGGGUCAUAAAAUCAGUGAGAAUAAGAUACUUGCUGCUUCUUUGAAAGACAAAAUAGAAAGCAACUAUUACCAUCAUAUGAUGGGUAGGACUAGUAUGGUAACAUACCCCAAUAACCAAAUACAUCACUUAAUGCAGCCCCCAAAUGUGUAUGCUAGACUUUUGAAACCACCAGUUUGUUAUAAAAUUGAAACUGUGUCAAAAAACAAAAUGAAGAAAUCUUUGAAUGAUGGACUUAAAGAUAUAAAAUUAGUCCCUGCAUCUGCACAUAUGUUUGAGGAAAGUGAAGUAGGUGAAAAAGCAGUAAAGGUUCUGUCACCAUCGUUCAUGCAAGAGUUGAAUCAAGCAGCGUCACAAAACUUAGGCAGCCUUGGUAGACCACAGAUCAAAGAUCUGCCUCAACCUCACAUUUACUUGAACUCCAGAGUUAGAGGAUAUGUUUCUAAUAUCAACAGCCCAGCAAGUUUCCAUAUUCAGGUUGUUGAGAGUGAAAAUGUCAUCAUGAGACUUGCAGAUGCUCUAAAUGAAAGACGAGCAAAUAGGGUGAAAAAGAGAAAAUCAGUGAAGCCAUUGGUGGGAGACCUUGUGGUUGCAGAGUACCUUGGUGACAAUGCUCUUUACAGAGCCGUUAUUAAGAAAAUUUUGCCAGGUAAUUCUUUUGAAGUAGAAUUUAUCGAUUAUGGCAAUACUUCAAUGGUACACAUUUCUAAAAUUUAUGAACUGAAGAGAGAAUUCUUAGCUAUUCCUCAGCUAGGAAUCCAUUCUUUUCUUAGUGGAGUAAAAUGGAAUGAGCCUGAUGAAAUUUGGGACAGCAAAACUGUGAAUUAUUUUGCUUCAAGAGUAAGUAACAAAAUUGUGUCUUGUGAAUUUUUGAAAAAGUAUGAGCAUAAGUGGGAAGUUAAUAUAAAUUGUGAUGGAAAGUGCAUUAUCAAUGAAUUACUGAAAUGGACAGCAUGUUCAAAACUACAGAAGACAGUGUUACAUACACCUCCAAUUGUCUCUCAGGAUGUGAACCCUAGGGAGACUCAUGAAAUGAAGAAAGGAAGAUCAAAUGAAUAUGAACGUCCUGCGAUCCUCCAAGCAUCCUGCCAACAGCUGGUUAAAAUUCCUUUUGAAGAGUUAAAACCUGGACAGCUUGAAAGAGCUGAAAUACUUUAUGUUUCAAAAAGUGGAAGAUUUUAUGUGAAACUAUCCAAAAACAAAAAAAUAUUUUCAGAUUUAACUGUGUUAAUUACAAAAGAAGAGAAGAAAAGCUCUUUUUUAUCAGUAGAACAUAUUGAAAAAGGCUUGGAAUGCUUGGCAAAAUCUAAGAAGUCCCUGAAAUGGUACCGAUCGAAAGUAGAAGCAAAAUAUGUUCAUGAAAAAGUGCUGGUUUUCUUGGUAGAUAUGGGUAGGUAUGAAAUAGUGCCUUUCGUUACUACCAAGGUGCUCAGUGAUGAACUCAGAAAUAUUCCAAGGCAAGCUGUUCCUUGUAAAUGGAUUUGGUUUAAAAAUUCUAAGAACGUAUCAUUUGAGUCUAUUGUAUUUUUAUUCGCUCAUUUGGAAAUAAACAUUCUUUUCCUGAAAUAUUCAGACUCUGCUUGGGAAGUAGACAUUUUGAUAGAUGGUAUGUUACUUUUGGAAUAUUUAAAUUUGAGUGCUAUUCAGGCUGAAGAAAACAAAUGUCGGCCUUCAGGAAUUACUUUCAACACAGAAUCUCAAAAUCCUGUGUCAUCAUGUGCAAUAAGAUCAUUUACUUGGGCACAACUCCAAAAUGGUAGACAGUAUUCUGGUAUUGCCACUGCUGUUUCUGAUCCAACAAACUUCUGUGUUCAAUUAGAAGAUUUUUUUGACACAAUGAAAUGUCUCUUUAUGUUGCUUUCUGAUCUACCAGAAACUUUGCAAACUGUGCCUCAAGAGCACAUAGUUCCUGGUUCUACUUGUUUGUUCAGAUAUGAGUUGGAAGAUCAGUGGAUGAGAGUAGAAAUUUCUGAUAUCUCUGAUAGGUAUUUGCAUCUUAUGUUGGUCGACUAUGGGCUUUCUGUUUAUAUACCUUAUUCAGAUACAGUCAAUCUGAAAGUUGUUCCUGAGGAGCUGUUGAAUUUACCAAGGCUCAGUUAUCCAUGUAUCUUAAAUGGCAUCUUACCUGCUAAAAGCAGACACUGGAGUGAUGAAGCCAAAAGGUUUUUUCAAGAUUUCCUAAGUAAACCAGGACUAGUUUUUCAGUUUAGGGAAUACGGUUUUCAGAAGAAACUGGAAGUAGAUGUCACUCAUGAGGAGAACAAUUUGGCACAUAUAUUAGUUGCUUCUGGUCUUGCAGUAUAUUCUAAAGAUUUGGUGAAUAUUGAUGGAAUUUCUGCUCCUGCAUCUACAGACAUCCACUAUAUAUUUCAGAGUGAGGCUGUUUGCGCUUUGCUAGAUCAAAAGCAAUGUGAAACAGUAAAUGUAAAUUACACAUACACUGGAAAACAAAAUCUAAAAAAACAGAAACCUACCAAGAGGAAAGGCGUGUAUAAUAAUCUCUUAAGAAAAAGCCAGGUUAGUAAAAGAUUACAUUCUCAAAAUCUUACAGUAAGAAAAAAAGUUGGUAGCAAAAGCCAUAAUCCCUCGAGUCUGCUCCCGUUUGGUGCAUGUGCAGCUGCCUCAUGCUUGGUACUGUCUGAUGGCUUCAAGAACAGCUCCAGUUACUUCGAAAACAUUUUUGCAAAACUGCCAACUGAAGGAAUAUGGAAAGAGAGCAGCACAACGGACUUGGAAACGGUGGUGAAAGUGUUUGGUGUUGAGGAAAACAUCGCACCAGAAGAACGUUAA